AUGUAUAUGAAUAAAAUACUAUUGUUUAUAUUCCUAAUUACUCCAAUGAUCGGCAUUUGUGGAACGAUCAAUACUAAAUUGCCAGCAAUCUAUUAUGGUAAUCAAGGCUGGGCUAUGAACGAAAUUGAAUAUAUUUCAUCGUGGAUUGGCAAGCGUCCAAUAAUAAUAUUACUUUUUACUGAUUGGUGCAAUACAUCAAUGAAUAAUUUGUUCAAUUAUCAGCUGAAUAAUAUAUGGAAUAAUCGGAGUAUUCCAGCGAUUACAUGGGAACCAUUUGGUUGUAGUGGUAGUAGUCAACCGGGUAUAGUAGGACUUAUUCGAAAUAACACUUAUGACACGUACAUAAAUCAAUUUGGAGAUCGUUUGAAAAUUUGGUUAGCUGGAAACGAUGGUGUUUUGGGUAACAGUGAUGAUCGAAGGGUAUAUCUUCGGUUAGCUCAUGAAAUGAAUGGAAAUUGGUAUCCGUGGUCGAUGAGUUCAACUCCACAAGAUUUCAUUUCGGCAUGGCAUCAUAUACAUGAUAUAUUCGCAAACAAAAGUUUAGAUUCAACGAGACUUCAAUGGAUUUGGUGCGUGAAUAAUGCUGAUGUUGGUAGUUAUACCGCCGAAAAUUAUUGGGUCGGAGAAAAUUAUGUUGAUUGGAUGGGAAUCGAUGGAUACAAUUUUGGUAAAAGUCAAAGUUGGAGUUCAUGGUUAAAUCCGAAUCAAGUUUUCGAUAAUAUGAUCACACGAUUAAAAAAUUUAUCUUCAACAAAACCAAUAUGUAUCAAUGAAUAUGCAUCAACAAGUGUACGUACGGGAAAUAUUUCCAAUAUAACAGCAAAAUAUGAUUGGUUACAACAAUUUUGUGUAUAUAUGAAUAAUAAUCAAAUUAAGAUGGCUUCAUAUUUUAAUACGGAUAAAGAAACUGAUUGGGCAAUAUUCGGUGGAAUUCGUGGAGAUAGUUUGUGGACUAAUUAUAGUGUCUAUACUGCAUAUCGAGAUUGUUUUCAAUCAAAUGAUUGGAUAGUAAUAAAUAGUACUAAUCCAAGACUUAUUAGUGAUGAAGAAUUCUCUGGUACAGCAACAACAACUGCUGCUACAGCAACAUAUUCUACCUCGGCUGCUACAGCAAUCACAGUUGAAUAUGCCAAUAUAUAUCGACAAUUUCUGGAAAUACUCAUUUGCAUUAUCAUGGGCAACUGCAGUGGAGUUCUUCCAAUGGGACACGGAUCUAACUCAAAGCAUCCUCAUGGAGGCCCACCUGGUCAGGCACGUAAACAUUCUAACGAUGGAGGACGACGUGGCAGUGGUGACAGUCAUGGAAAAGGUGGUGGACAGGGACAUGGACAUGGAAAUAAAAAUCAUUGA